CCACAGACGAUGAGAGUUUACCUCCGAGUCCGGCCUUUCUCUAAAGACGAGCUCUGUGACGACGAGGAUCAGGAUUGUGUUGUGAUUGAAAACAGACAGACAGUGACACUGAAUGCACCAAAAGGUUCAGCGACCAUGAAGAGCAGCGAGAAAGGAAUCGGCACAUCCCUCCACAAGUUCUCCUUCUCAAAGGUUUUUGGACCAGAGACGACGCAGGCCGAGCUGUUCGAGGACACAGUCAAAAGCCAAAUGUCUGAUUUCUUGGAUGGGAAGAAUGCGUUGAUAUUCAGCUACGGUGUGACCAACGCUGGGAAAACAUUCACUAUCCAAGGAACUCCAAAAGAGCCAGGAAUACUACCUCGAGUGCUGGACGCCACCUUCCACCACAUCGGGGCUCGUCAGUACGAUGGGAUGGACGUGAAGCCCUACCUCAGGAACGGUGCUCAGUAUCUGGAUCCUGAGCGAGUCAGGCAGGAGAGAAGUGCUAAAGCUGCCGUUUUUGCUUCAAUCAAAGAAGAGUGUGAUCCUGUCAGAGCCAGCAGUGGAUCGGAGUCUCCGGCUUCUUCUGUCGCAAGUUUGUCGUCUUCUAUGGCCUACAGUCAAACAGUGUCGGCCAGUAACCCAGCAGAAGCAAGCAGCAGCCAGUUUGCCUUGUGGGUGGCGUUCUUUGAAAUCUACAACGAGUGUGUAUUUGAUCUGCUUCAACCUCCUCUGUUCUCCAAGUCUAAAAAGCGGGCCUCUCUCCGUGUCUGUGAUGACGGAGCUGGAAAUGCUUACGUUAAAGAUCUCAGGUGGAUCAACAUCCAGAACCUGAGUGAAGCCUUCAAGCUGCUCCAGUUUGGGAAUAAAAACAGAAGUGCUGCAGCCACUAAGAUGAACCAGUCUUCUAGCAGAAGCCACAGCAUAUUCACCAUGAAGUUACUGAAGAUCGAUGGAGAUUCAGCUCUCAGAGUUCUCAGAGUCUCAGAGUUUUCUCUGUGCGACCUGGCUGGCUCAGAGAGAUGCAACAAAACCAAGACGUUCGGAGAGCGGCUGAAGGAGGCAGGAAACAUUAAUAACUCCCUGCUUAUUCUGGGGAAGUGCAUCACCGCCCUACGAAACAAUCAGACCGACAGAAUGAAGAGCAGCUACAUUCCUUUCCGAGAGAGCAAGCUCACAAAGCUCUUCCAGGCCUUUUUCUGUGGAAAAGGAAGAGCCUCGAUGAUCGUCAACAUCAACCAGUGCGCUUCCACCUACGACGAGACUCUCCACGUUAUGAAAUUCUCCGCCGUUGCCAAACAGGUGAUGCAGGUGAUCCCAGACAAGCCUCUGGAAUCUCUCUCCGCUUGUGUGGUUGGUCGAGAUGGAAAACCUCUGGUGAGGAAUGGGGCGAUCGACAGCGAGGCCCUGGAGAGCUUCCUGUCCGAAGAGGAGCUGCUGGACGACGAAGACGAGGCCGAUACGUCUUUGCUGCCCCAGAACGAGCUCGUUAAUAUGAUCGAGAAUCUGCGAACAAAACUUCUGGCUGAGCGAAGAAAAAACCUGGUACAGGAAAUGGAAAUUCGCAAGGAAAUGGGCGACGCCAUGUUACAGCAGCUCAUGGAGAGUGAAGAGCUCCGCACUCGAGAGAUAGAGGAGCUGAAGGAGAGCUACCAGGAGAAACUGGAGAACACCUUUGAGAUGUACAAAGACGCCAUCAAGGAGCACGCUUACCAGAGCGCCAUGAACAACCUGGAAGACGACUACGUGCCGCUCGAUGAGUUCAUCGCUGAACAAGAAAAAGUAGAGGCUCUGAGACGUAAAGUGUCCGAGUUGGAGACUUUAGCAUCCAGUGCCAGAGGAGGAUGUUCUGCAGUUCCAACAGUGGACCAGUGGAGCCAAACUCAACCAUAUAAAGCGACAGAAGAAUAUGCGACAGACGAUCGGUACCAACGUCUUCACAGAGAAAAAUGUGCCCUAGAGAGGAUGUGUGAGGACAAACAGCAGUUAAUUCUGUCACUAGAGAAAAGACUGAUGGACCUCAGUGAAACCCUGCAGAAGGUCAGAGACGGCUUCCUGGAGAAAUCUGCUGAUCUGGAGGUUCUGCAGCAGAAGGCUGAUGAUCAGGCAAAAUCCAUGCAGGACCUCCUACAGCAAAAUGCUGAGAAGGACCGGGAGAUCGCCUCACUCAAGGCAGAGCUUGUAAAGCUCUCCCAGAAGUCUCCUGUGCAGCCCAAGACCAAGCGAGGCCUCCUCGCCAACAUCAGGGAGGCGGUCACGUCACCACGGAAGACUUCAACGGGCCGAACCCUCAGGAAAACAACUAAGACUGUGAAACACUGAGACGCACAGCAUCUGCACAGCAGCUGCACUCAGAUCAGCAGUUAAGGAGAGUUUAGUUUGGUUUUUACAAACUUUUGGGGAUGCCUGGGUUCACAUCCCCAACAGUGAUGACUCUUAUAUCUGUUUACUUUUUACAUGUAGUUUG